AAUCUUGAAAAAUACCGGUUGGAUAUUGUUUGUGUGCUUUGGCUGGUGGACGCCACUUUGUGAAUCGAAACUUGAGAGACGAUGGCGACCGAACUGUUUGAGGAUAUCUUCGAGGUGCGCCAGCUCAACCCGGACGGCAAGAAGUUCGACAAAGUGACCCGCGUGGUAUGCAAGGGUGUGUCUUACGAGCUGGAGCUGACGCUAGACAUCAACUCGGAGGUUUACCGGCUUCGCCAGAACGAGAAGUUUACGCUGGCGCUAGUCAGCACGCUGGACCUGGAAGGCAAGCCGGAUGACGGCAUCUUUAACCAGUCGGGCAAGCCGACGCUGCUGGACCGUUACGACUACGGUAUGUACGGCAAGGUGUUCCAGUAUGAUCACGAGGGAGGAAACAUGGUGGCCAUCUACGCCAGCUUCGGAGGUCUGCUCAUGUGUCUGCGUGGCGAACAGCGCCACCUGCACAUGAUUCACAAUGACACACGGAUCUACUGUCUGCUCCGGAAACAGUAAACGGGGAAUGGAGAGCUCGGCGUACCAUUAAACGCAGGACUAGCGCCAUUAUGACGCAACCAGGCAGGUCACCGAGACUGUGCGAGUAGAAGGCAGUGCAUCACAACUCCAGUAAACAGUUUUUGACGGCGCGCGACAAGCAGUGAUACAGAAUUAUACGCAGCGUGCCCCCAUGCUGUCGCGUGCCAUGCCACAGCCACUCUAGCAAAAAAUACAACGUGCUUUGGUUUUCUUUGCCUU